AUGGACCCUCUCAAGCUGCCCAUCAGGCAGUACCAGCAGCAGAUUGUGGACUCUGUGCGCAACAAUCCCGUGACGGUGGUGAUUGGCGAGACGGGGUCGGGCAAGACCACGCAGAUAUCGCAGAUCUUGGAGGAGGCUGAUUUUGCAGACGACGGAAUCAUCGGGGCGGCGGUGACUGUGGCGCGGCGGGUGGCCUGGGAGAAGAAGGUGGAGCUGGGGCAGGAGGUGGGGUAUGCGGUGCGGUUCGAGGACCGCACCAGCCGCUGUACUCGCAUCAAGUACCUGACAGACGGCACGCUGCUGCGCGAGUGCUUGGACGAUGCUGAGCUGGCGCGGUACAGCGUGCUGGUACUGGACGAGGCGCAUGAGCGCUCCCUCAACACAGACAUCCUGUUUGGCCUGCUCAAAGAGCUGGUGGCGCGCAGGAAGAGGCCGCUGAAGCUGGUGGUGACCAGCGCCACGCUGGACGGCGAGAAGUUCUCAAAGUACUUUUCCUCCUGCCCCGUCUUCCACGUGCCCGGGCGCGCCUUCCCUGUUGAUGUGGUGCACGCUCUUGAAGACCACACGGGGGAGUACCUGGCGGCGGCGGUGGACGCGGCGGUGGACAUACACUGCAACCAGCCUGAGGGCGACAUCCUCGUCUUCCUGACUGGCCAGGCCGAGAUCGACAAGGCGGUGCGGCAGCUGAAUGAAGCGGUGCGGCAGCUGCCCGCCCACGCCUGCGGCGACCUGCUGGCGCGCGUGUUUGCGCCCGCGCCCUCCGGCUGCCGCCGCUGCAUCGUGGCCACCAACAUCGCAGAGACGUCCGUCACGGUGGACGGCGUGGUGUAUGUGAUUGACAGCGGCAUGGUGAAGCAAAAGGAGUACAACCCUCGAACCGGCAUGGACAGCCUGGGGGUGACGCCCAUCAGCCGGGUGCAGGCCACGCAGCGGGCGGGGCGCGCGGGGCGCACCCGCCCCGGCAGGUGCUUCCGCCUCUACACGCAGAAGUUCUUCGAGCGAGAGAUGCCUGACACGACCGCCCCCGAGAUCCAGCGCACCUCUCUGGUGGGCGCCGUGCUCUACCUCAAGUCCCUGCCCCUCUCCAUCGACGUGCUGGGCUUCGACUACCUGGAUGCGCCCGCGGUGAGGCAGGGGGCAGGGGCAGGCUGGCAGCAGCACCAGCAGGGCGGCGGGCGGGGGCGCGGGCCCGGCGGCGGCGGCGGCGGCGGCGGCGGCGGCGCGCCCGCCAUCAGCGCUGCGGGGCGGCAGCUGCUGCAGGAGCUGAUGCAGGAGGGGCUGGGGGACCACAUCCUGCUGCUGCGCCUGUACGAGGCAUGGGACCAAGCGGGUCAGUCGAUAGACUGGUGCCGCGACAUUGGGGUGGAUGGGCGCAGCAUGCGCUUUGCCCGCGACAUACGGCAGCAGCUGGAAAGAAUCAUCGGCCCUGACGGCGCCGGGCUGGAGGCUGGCGGCGCCAGGCGGCGGCAGCACGACGCGCAGCCGCCGGCGGGCGCGGGGCAGCAGCAGGGCGGCGGCGGCGGCGAGGGGCGGCCAUGGGACGGCGCGCGGGACGUGGGGCGGGGCGAGCGGGCGGGGGCAGGCGGCGGCGGGCGGCGUGAGUAUGGCAGGGACGGCAGGGAUGGCAGGGACAGCAAGCGGGAGAGGGAGCGGGAGGGCGGCGAGGGGCUGCCGCGCGGCGGCAAGCGGCCGCGCCGCGGCUUCAGCGACGCCGCCACCGUCACCUCCCUACGCAUGGCUCUCACCAUAGGCUUUGCCAACCGCCUGGCCCGCCGCAUGCCCAUGCACAAUGGGUACCGCACGCUGGGGCAGUCGUCCACGCUGGCGCAGGUGUGUGCCGUGGAGGCGGCCUGGGUGCAGGCCAUCAUCCCGCGCCUGGAGAACAUCGACGUCAACCGGCUGAGCGGCGGCAAGACGGGGCAGGCGGCCAUCGCCGCGGCCGAGGCCAGGGCCGCCGGCACAGAGGCGGCGGAGCAGCAGCGCUCGGCGGCGGUGGAGCGGCGCAACACGGGGGAUGCGGUGGCGGCGGCACGGGCGCGGUACCUGGCCCGCAAGAAGGCCGGCCGGUGA